UAGUCCUCCCCACACCUUUUUUCUGAUGGUCUUGGAAGUGUUAUUUUUCUACUUCCUCCCUACAUCAAACUCUGACUGCGUCAGUGUUGCCAAGAAACAAAGAGUUGAAAUCAACCUCUUGUAUCAAGUAAAUGAAUAUGAGAAGAACUGGGUUGUUUCGAAGGUCUCUCUCUUCAUUGCCGACAGACAUCAUUACCAUCCAUCCAUCCAUGGAUGGAUGGAUGAACUUUGGUUGUCAGCUCAUUUGUUUUAGUUUUUUCUCUUUCCUAGAAACAUUAAUGUGAAAACGAAAGUUUAAAUAUUCCGAACUAUGAAAAGAAAUGUUCACAUAUCGACGUGUGAUCUUGUUUUUAUCUGUCUCUGGAACAGAAAGGUAUUUAUUUACAGGAAAAGACUUUUAGGCCUUUGACAGAGUAACAUUUUCUGACCCUUUUGGAGAUUGCAUGACAGUUUAUGAGCAUAGUAGAGUUUAUUUUUUUCCUGACUUUUGUCUUCAAUCUUUCCUGUGACCUUCUGCAGCUUUGUGGGAUGAGUGCUGUGAUUAGUUGAAUGUGACAGUGUGAGCAGGAACUGCUUGGGCUCCUGGAAAUGUCCAGAGAUAAACUGCUUGUUAUUGUUGUGACUUCCAGAGGUCUGUGACUUCUGGGCAACCCAUAACCUCCUAUAGGAUAAUAAAAAAAGAACACAAAGGCAACUAUCUCUAUCUGGCUGACAGCUAUUGAAGCAAUAACACUCAUUCAUUCUUUCAACAACAGAUAUCAACAGAGAUUUUCAUUCUAAUGGGAGUAAACGUUAGGACACUCAUCAGCUCAUUGCCAUCUUACAACAUUUGGUGUAAAAAACUUCAGUGAGAAACUUCUUGAAAUCGUCUCUCUGACGUUUCUCCCCGCCUUCAGUCGUGAUUUUUUUCCUAACAUUAUGUUUGAAGUUUUGUUUUCUUUCAUUCCCAGAGCCAGUUUCAAGACACCUGAAUUAAUGAAUGCUGGAUUCUACGAUGGUGAGCUGGCCAGGUCCUAUGGCAGCAAAGCCUUCCCAAACCAUGACACUUCCACCUACAUGCUUCACGGCUGAGCUCUUUUCCUCAGUGAGCAGUCAGCUGGGCAGCAGGUCUACAGCUUCCCCGACGUGUCACGCCAUGUCAUGGAGCUCAUUCUGGAGUACGCCUACACCUCCUCCGUCGUGGUGACAGAGGACAACGUGGCCGAGCUGUUGGCCGCAGCAGCCCGCUUCGGCGUCGAGGGCCUCAUUCAGGCCUGCUGCGACUUCCUGCAGGGGAAGCUCUGCUCCAAGAACUGCAUCAACACCUGGAAGCUAGCAGACCACUACAACUUCCGUAACCUGAAGGAAGCGGCCUACCUCUACAUCCUGCAACACUUUGAGGAGGUGGUGGACGUCUGUGCUGACUUCCUGCAGCUCUCCGUGGAGCAGCUGGCAGAUCUGAUUGGGAAGGACGAGCUGAACGUGAGAAAGGAGAGUUUUGUGUUUGAGGCCAUCCUCCGCUGGGUCGAGGUUGCUCCUGAGGAACGCAAGGGUUACAUGCCCACACUUUUGACUAAAGUCCGCCUGCUCCUGAUGCCUGCUGAUUACACGGUUGACAGUAUGUGCAAAAACCAUCUGGUCAGGAGCAACAUACAAUGCAUGAACAUGGUGAUCAGUGCAAUGAAGAUCCUUCGGGGGUCCGGCUUGGCGAGACCACCGACCUCCACCCGUCUGCCCUCCCAUGUGCUGCUGGCCAUUGGUGGCUUUGAAGGCAAUCAUGUUUCUGACAAGAUCGAGCUGUACAACGUGCGAACUGACCGCUGGAAGACGGUGCACAGGUCUAAGAAAGGUUUGCCAGAGUUCAGCGGCUACGCUUACCUCGGAGGCAACAUCUACUGUGUCGGAGGGUGUGACGGUAAUCUCUACUUGAGCAGCGUGCUACGGUUCAACCUAGCCACCCAGACUUGGAAAGAGGUGGGGACGAUGCACAAAGCUCGAUGCUAUGUCAGCGUGGUGGUGCUCGACGAGCGCAUUUAUGCAAUGGGAGGCUGCGACAAGUUUGAUACCUUCAACUCUGUGGAGAGAUUUAACCCCGACACCAAUCAGUGGACCCUGAUCGCACCGAUGCGCGAACGCAGGGCCGAUGCUGGGUCUGCAGUACUGCAUGGCAAGGUGUACAUUUGUGGGGGAUUUUUUUUGGAUGACGUAUUUUCUUCUUGUGAGUGCUACAACCCCGAAACCAACCAGUGGACUUAUAUCGCACACAUGGAAACCACUCGGACGGCAGCAGGCGUCAUCACCUACAACGAUCAGCUCUAUGUGCUUGGUGGCUACGAUGGCAGAAGGCACAUUGCCGAUGUCGCCGCUUACGACCCUUCGUCCAAAUGUUGGCACACAUUGACUCCCAUGCUUCACCCCUGCAGCAACUUUGGGACUGUGGUGUUGGAGGACCAGCUGUAUGUCGUGGGAGGCUUCAAAGACGAUAAUGAUCAGCUGUGCUCUAAAGUGGAGCGGUACGAUGGAAAGACCAAGACCUGGCACCCUGUCCAGGACCUGGGGACUCCUCGCGGUGCCGUCAACUGCUUCACGGUGGAGCGAAUCCCCCACACUACCGCAUUUUUCUCCUAAACACCAACUCCAGCAAGUAAAUAAAUAUGUUAGUAAAGAUUUAUUGUAAA